CAACAACCUUGGUACUUGUUUAACUUGAAAUUUUUACGAUGAGUGGUUCAAGACCGCAUAUCAGUAUCACCUUUCGUAAAUCAAAGAAGCCACAACUCAAUGACAGUGUUAGAAUCAUGCGAAAUAGGGGGUUGCUAAAUACAUCGAGAAGAUUACUGCAAAAGUCAGUCAAUCAAUCUUUCACUUCAGCCACCUCUCUUCGUGCUAAUAAUGCUUCAUUAGCGAAAAAACUAGCCGAAUUGCAAGUUGAAUUAAAUAACCAGAAGACGGCUACACAGCAAGCGAAUAUUGAACUAUUGAAUUGUCGUAUGGAAGUAGUCCGUUUACAAGCGUAUAAAGAAGCCAAAGAGAGAAUCAAGGCUUGUAUUCUAAACGUACAUGAAUUAUUGUGUUCACAAAUUGAAAUGGGAAUGUCCAUGAUGAAUUAUGUGAAAGAUUCAAUAUCGGUAUUGGAUAAAAAUGAUUCAUUGGAGUUAUUGUCAAAUCCUACAUCAAGUCUGCUUGGUGAAACAGUAGUUGAUCCAAAUGCAUUUGAUUCUGUUUGUAGAAAAGAAUUUACAAAGCCUGCUCAACAGAUAACAGAACAGAAUGUUCGUCAACUAUCUAUUGUUUAUCCUGAAGUUCAAUCUCCAUCAUCAUCCACUUCAUUAAUAACAGGUCCGGUGAAAAUGGCAUUCAGUCCUAACGAUCACAGUAUUGCUAAGAAUAUUAGCACUAAUCAUAGUAACAAUAACAGAUUUAAUGUACAACCGAUACCUCUUAUUGAAACAUUAAAUACUGACGUAAAAUCAUCACAGUCUAUCCGUCAGGAACCACUAGAACCAUCUUGUGAAGAAGUUUUACCUGAAAUACUGACUAGUCCAAUAACUUGUAUAUCUGAAAAUAAUAUUGCAAGCAAAAGAUGUCCUCCAAUAGUAGAUACUAAUGUAAAUAAUGUUGAUUUAGACAAUGAUAAUCAUAUUGAGGAUACCUACAAAAACAUUAGUCCUGUACAUUUUUCAGUUCAAAGUUUACCACAAUCGUGUGUUUCUGUAAAUAAUAAACCUUCCGUUAUUGAUUCAAAGAAUAUUGAUCAACUGGUCGUUCCUAAUCUUGUCAAUAGUUGGAAUAGUAAGAACAAUGAAUGUGUAGUUAACCCUGUUUAUCAUCAUGAAAUACAAUCAGCUCGACCUCAUCUGGUGCGUCAAGCUCGUCUAAAUUCAAAACCAAUCAUUGACACAUCAUCUUUUAUGGAAUCGUUUAUUGUUAAAACAACAACAAAAGAAAAGAAGAAAAAAUCAGGUAAACAUCGCCUGAUUCGUGUCAGAGAUAGUGAUGAUGAAGGUGAAAAUGAUAUCAACAUUAAAGGUGAUAAAUUAAAAAAUAAUAUUGGUGUUGUUGGUGGCGAUGAGGAUGGAAGUGGCCGAGUCAUUGAAACCUGUUUCCGUCGGCCUGGUGAACUUGUAUUUAGAGUUGAUUCAAAAAAUGUCAAUCCAUCAUCAACGAUUGGUGUCAGUGACAAACAGACAACUCGAUCCAAGUCGAAAUUACCAACAACGACAAUCAAUCAACAGUCAAGAUCGAAAUCAAAACCUCAAACUACUACUACUACUACUGCUUAUAUUAAUAGUACCAAUAGUAAGAAGACUAACAAAGAUGUGAAUAGUAAUGAAUUUAAAAAAUUGUCGAAAGUAGUUGGAACGGAAAUUAAAACAGUGAAUAUUUUCGAUUUAUCAAUGAAUCGAACUGCUGAUCUAUCUGUUCUUCCGCCUACUUUAAAUGAUUUACGCAUUAAGCAUAAAGAACAACAACAACAAGUGAACUCAAACACUGAAGCCCAGAAAGAUACCACUGCCAAGAUGGCGAUGACGACAAGGAAACGUUCUGUUCUUGGUGAAUUACAACAACAAGAAGAUGAUAAACUCUAUUCUGUUGUAAAGAAUAAUAAUAUUGUAGAUGAACACCGUCGUCUUUCAGUUGUCUUGACUCCAAUGUAAGCUUGUUUUUGGUUUUAACAGAUAGUAAAAAAAUGUAAGGUUAAUCGAGAGUUAGAUUAGAAGACUAUUAAAGCAGUUUGUAAUGACAAUACUCAUAGUAAUUAGAAAGAAUAUAAAUUUGUAUCUAAUCAAAAUCAUCAUUUACGUAGUAAAGAUUUAUCUACAUACAAUUUAGUUGUAAAAAGAGUAUGAAAACCAAAUUCUAUGAAGCGCGGCAAUUUACAUCCACAACUUGUUAAAAGUUUAUAGCUUUAACCAUAGAGUUAUAGUGCUCCAAUAUUUCACGUAUAAAGUUUAAUGCAGACAUCCGGCUCUUAAACCGAGUCGGUAGAUGUAAGUAGUCAAUGUAAACGGUAUGAAUAUUCACUUCAAAUCAUUAGUGCAUAAUAGAUUUAACCAACCUAAAAACUAUGAAUAACACAUGAAUCUGCUUUUACGAAUAGAGUUUUCUUGAUAUUUCUGUACUGUCUUCUGUGUUUAGGAUACUUGUCCAAACGAUUUCGGUUAAAUAGUUCCGUGGUUAUGUUCUUCAACUGGUUAGUUAAAAUGAUAUUUCAUAUUACUGAGAAGAUUUCAAAUUAUCCAUUUCUUUUAAUUAAAUAGCAGUUCUGUUAUUCAAAUAUGUCAUCAAUAACUUCCAGUUUCACAUUUAUGCAUUGACCGUUAUUGAUGUCUGGUUAGUUUUUCUCGCUUUUAGUUUUCUAUUUUUAAUGCAUCUGAGGGUUCAAUAUUUACUUCCACAAUAAACAGGGCUGUUCUGUCAUAAUUUUGACACCCUUUCGGAAUAUUAAAUCUGUCCUAAAAAUCGUCUAUUUAGUUCGUUUAGGUUCAAUUUCAUAGAAGAAUCUCUAAGUCUUUCGUAAUUCUGGCUCUCACACAUGCACGUAUUGAGGGAUCUUUUCACAUCAGACACUCGAAUGGAAGCGAAAAGAAUGGAUUGUUUCGUCUAUCAAAAUAUUUUUAUGCUAUCGGGCUAAAACUCGUUACUGAAUAAGAAAGCGACAGACAAAGAAAGUAAUAUCAAUCUGUCAUCUCUAUGCUGAAACUAAUUGCAACUUAGGUGCGGUCAUCAACUGAAUCCCGUCCAGGUCAAGAAUUGUGAUGCUAACCAAGUACUUGAGGAUACCCGAGUCGCUCAUUUACGGACAAAUUAGACCUAUGUAAAUGGAUUUUAUUGAGUGAAUAUUAGCAUCAGCUCAGAUACUGAGAAUUUUCUGUUGCAGAUUUUUACAUAUCACAUACAAAUACUGUUUUCCUAGUGUCAUCGCCAACUCCUUCAACACAGUAAUCAUGGUUAUGCUGCGUGACUUGUAUGUGCUCACAUCAUCACCUAUAAUGAUCGAUGAUUACUUUUGGAAAAAUAAUUGGUCAUGGUAUUUCAUGCAUAGUUACAAUUUGUUUAUUUAUUUUUCUAGAUGUGAUGAAAAUCAACCUCCAUUCGAUGCACCAAUAUCCAAUUCAAAAAAUAAUAAACGUCAAUUUCGUCGAUUAUAUUUAUUCGAUCAAGAGAAUGAAGACAACGAUGAUAAUGGUAAUGACGUUGAUAAUGAUUAUAGACUUAAAAAUAUGAAAGCUGACGUUGGUAAUACUGCAGGUAAACAAUCAAAAGAUAAUAACCCAACUUCUUCGAUUGGUAAGCUCGGUAAUAAUCGUAAUAGUAAUCUACCAAUGACGAUCAACCCUAAAGUAACUACUAGUCGAUCACGAAAAAGGAAUUGAUUGAAAAGAAAAGCACAUUAAUGUCCUGUUGAGUUAUUUUAUCCCAAUGCAAAAAGUAUCUUUUUUUAUUUUGAAUAAAUGAAAAAGACACUCUUAUGGUUGUGUAUAUAUUUUCUAUGAAAACAACAUACUCAGUUAUAUAGAAUUGACUUGUCUAUUAUUCUUUGUAAAUUUAAAUGAUUAACUUCAUGUUAUCCGUAGUUAUUACAGUAUCUAAUAUAUUUUAUUAAAGAUUUUUAAAUGGUGAAUAAUUUUUCUUUAAAACAAACAAACAAUACAGUUUACUUGUUUUAAAUCGACCUAAUGGCGUUAACUGUACAUUGAAUUUUGUUUAUAGAAGCUAGAAACUUCCUAACAGAAAUAUCCCAUUUUAUUUUUGUCGAAGUGUUUGUUACUGGUUUUUUAUGUGUGUUUAUCUUUUUUUUAUAAUUUUCAUUGUUCAUCUUAAUUCUUGUUUAAAUUAAUCACAAUAUUCUAAUUCUUUGUUGAUGAUCAUACGAUAAUUGUUAUACCCAAUUAUAUCCAAUGUUACACAAUUAAAA